AAAAUCCAAUUCUGCCAUCAUAAUUCAAGCAACGGAACAAAGGCAUUCAACUUUAAUCCGGUUCAGACAAAAAGUCCAGUCCAUUCAGACAAAACUAUUUGGAGCGAUUUGGGGAGCCUUGGGGAUUUGAUUUCAGCGAAGCUCACGUAAGUGGAGCCCGGAGAGAAAACUAUAUUCAUAUUUUCAUUUCACUCUUUGGUGAUUUAGAAACCAAGCAAAACGAGCGAAUCAAAUAUGUUACAGUUUCCGGCGUAUAUGACGCAGUACCAAUUGUCGACAAGGACGAUUCCGACGUCGUAUUUGCUACCCUCUCAGUGGCCUCAGCCCCAAAAUGAAGAACUCCUUCUCGCUAUGGAAGAGUCUGAUUUUGAAGAAAAGUGCAAUGAAAUCAGGAAGAUGAACAGCAACCUGGUUGUGAUAGGGAAAGCCACUAACGAAAAUGAUAAAGAAGAAUUCGACAACGAUGCUGAUGAUGAUGAUCCUGACAAUGCAGAGGAAUCUGAGGGCGAAGAAUUUGAGCAAGAAACUGGCUGAAGAAUCUGCACGUCAAUGCUCACUUUAUAUGUUAUUGGUGGAUUUGGGGGAAGAACCUGAGAUUAGGGUUUUCUUGUAGAUCUUAAGAAGAGUUGAUAUGCAGAGUCCAUCACAUCUUGCUCAACACUUCCAUCCUCUUAUAACUAAUCUUCUUUAUUAAAAUUGCAGGAGGAAGGUCAUUAUUUCCAAACAAGUCAUAACUAAGAGCAUAGUCACCAGCUUUUAAAUGAUUUCCCAGAUGAGUGUUGAUUUUAAAUUUUAUGUCAUUCUUUCGAAAAAGCAACCUCAACAUUAGCUAAACCAUAUUUAAUGCAAUCAAUAGUAACUAUCUCAUAUGAAUGAACCUCGUUCACAUUUAUCACAAAAUAUUCUACGAACUGUUCACUAGUGAAUAAAUAAUUGAAGGGUUCACUCCAA